GCGGCUAUAACUUUUAGCAGAAGUUGCAAAUUGUUUUAGCUAGAUUUUAUUGUAACGAUUAAAAAAACACAUACUGUUGUUAUGUCAUGGUAACAACUAGAACCACGAUUUUUUUUUGUAAGGCUUCCAACAACAUGCUGAUAGUUCGGUAAAUUUGGGCGUAACUGCGCCGACCGAGAGAUGUCUGAGCAGGAUCUGGUAGUCGAAUGUAGUACGGACGUUUUGGUCAAUUUUGUUGAGUCGUUGCAUGUCUACACAGGACUACUGACUGUGGCUACAGUUUGUGGUGGACUGUCGGGAAUAUUAGCUGGUGCUCUUUUGUAUGUGUUCUGCCUGAAGACUUUAAUUUUGACGAGACAAGGGCACACUGCAAGAAGGCUACUUGAACCUGAUGAUGGAGAAGUGGAAAACAAUGCCAGCGAUCAUGCCAGCAACAACAGAAAAGAGGCCCCGCCUGCCACAACUAAUUGCAAAGAGAAGCAGGGACCCGUGAAUAGUGAUGUGGCAGCAUUUGCAUCAAAAGCAAAAGUGGUCUACCCUAUCAACCAAAAAUAUAGACCUUUAGCAGAUGGCGCUUCUCACCCUUCUCUUCAUGAGUGCUCCAAGUUGCCAACAAUGCCAAAGGAUGAUUCGUCGUCAUCCUUCACAGAGGGAGAGUCUCUAAGCCAAGAGCUGGACAAUGACGAGGGCAGCCAAUUCAUCUCCUCCUCAUUGGUCCCCGAGAGCCUGCAGAACCAGAGCUUCGUCAGGGUUUCCCACUACCCCUACACUCUGACACAAACAGGUUUUGAAGCAAGGAUCAAUCUCCAUUGUUUGGCCCUGAAGGAUGUACAACAACUUUGCUCUCAACUUCUGGAAGAAAAAUAUAUUAUUUACCUUGAAAUGGUGAAACAAAUAUUUUGCAGCCAUUUUCCAAAAGACAAAAAAGAUGCAGAGUUCACCAAACACAUUCUUCAAAUGCAGCAAAAGGAAGUGGAGGAGCUAAAGAAACAGCUGCAAACAGGGCAUGGUUGCAGUGAUGACAGUGUUGAUUCUCCUUGUACUUUGGAGGAAAUGGAAAGAUCUCAAAAAGAUUUUCUAGAACGCAGUCUUCAAAUGUCCAAAAGUUUCAGCCAAGUUGUGGAGGACCUCUGCCAGCAUGUGAUGAAGAGGACCAGCAGUUUCACUGUGGAUGAAGCACGGGAUGCUACAGUCUCUCUCAACCAGACUCUUGUGUUGGUUGAGAAUCGCCUAAUGAAAGCUCAAGAAGCACAACUAAUGAAAAUCCACCAGAAGCUGUUAUGGUGGGAAGAACUGACUGGGCUACUUCAGUCCCAACCUGCCUUGGUCCAGCAAGAAGUGUCUCUGAGACAGGGCUUGCUGGCUAUGACACUAGAGCAGCUGACCAGUGAGGAUGUUUUGACCUUCAACUGCAUGGAAACGAUACUUUCACAAGUACAGCACGUGCUUACAGAAGGCCUUCAACAGUGCAGAGAGGAUUACAUGAGCAAAACAAAGGAGUUGCUGUUUGAUAAGUGUAGCAAAAUGGAGGCAAAGCAAAAGAAGCUUCAGAGGAGCCAGGCCAAGGAGAGGAGUCGUGUGCUGGAGCUAAGAGAAACUCACGGUGACCCAGAGCACCUAUCAAAGGAGUACCAGGAGCUACUGUUAAAACAAAGACAGAAGCUUUGUGAUUUGGAACUGCAACAGGAUGACCGGAUGGCUGAAAGCCUUUGUAACUUUUGGACAAAACUCCACAGCACCUGGUCAAAAAGACUAGAAGAACGAGCCAAGGACAUCUUUUGCACAUCUGUUACCGCCCAAUGCAAACUGUCUGCUGAACACUGUCAAGGGCUGUGGCUUGACGUAGAGCAGCAGCUUGCUGAUAAGCAGCAACAGGUGGAGCGAAUGACCAGACUGCAAAUGGACCAAAUGCAGGCUCAGAUGGAUCAAGAACGACAGGUAUGGACUGAGUCAAUGGCUCUGAUGCAUGCAAGCCUCAAGAAUCUGAGGAACCAGCAGCUGAAGAUCCUACAAGCCAUGGUGGUCAGUCAGAGCUACACACUUAACAGCCAAGUGGGGAAGUUGCUUGACAAGAAACAUGAGCACCUGCUGGCAUGCGUGCAGCGCCACUUCAUGGCCAGACACUUUUGUCUGUACAUGCUCAAAGAGAUGAGGCUGUCCAAGCUGAAAGUUCUGUCCCAGACGGACUUUCGAGCUCUGCUGAUGCAGGAACCUGCCACAGUCCAGUCGUGUGUUGAUUCAGCUCUCAAGAAAAGCAGUGCCAGCCUAGCAGAGAAGCAUCUGGGACCAGAGAGUCAAAUGGUGAGCCACAGCUUCCAUCAGGAAUUCCUGUCUGAGCUGGAAACAGGGAUGGAUCUUCUUCAAAACCACAUACAGCUGGUACUUGGCAAUGCCCUCAGCCAUGCCGUCCUACAGCUGAUGGAAGGCCAGCCCUAUGAAUCACAAAGCAGCUCCAGGCAUGAUGACGGCUUGAAGCACCAUCUUACAGAGGCUGCUUCUGAGAGUGUCUAUGUGACCAAAGAUUCUCUUACGGCGCUCGUCCAAGGCUACUAUUCUACCUUGCAAGAUAUUGCUAAGAAACUACAACCAUGUCAGUCAAACACAAACCUUGGUGUGAUUGAGGAAGACUCCCGUAGCAAUCAGUUAAACAAAGCUUUGCUGAGAGAACUGGAGAACUGGGGAAGGAAACCUACCUCUGCUAAGUUUCAACAGAGGGUUGAGCUACACAAAAGGAAGUUGUUUGAGCAGUGCGAUCUGGAACAGGAGAUGAUGUGUGAGGACCUGAGACGAAGAAAAGUAGCCCAGGAUCAAACAUUAGAAAUCAUCAAUGGACAACUGCAGGAGGCAGAAAGAAGCUUCAUAAGUGAUUUGGCAGCAUUGGCUCGGGUUUCUCUCCACAGUCCAAACGCAGACGCCAGCGAUGAAGAUGACGAUGCAGGGGAAGUUAAUGCCUCUAUAAUGGAACUUCUUGCCCGGAACCCAGCCCUAGAUCCAGCCUUGAAUCCAUCACUGACUCCAACAGUUGUCUCUCCCGCCCCAUCCAAACCGGCAAAAAAUAAAAAAAGAGAGCGGGAAUCUCAUAUCAGUUGAAUGGAGAUAAUGUUUUUAUAUGUACACAACUGUAUGUAGGGUUUAUAAAAGAUUUUCAUUUUAGUAGUCAAUUUUUUCCAUGCUUUUUUUUCCCUUCCUAUUAUACUGUUAAGAUGUCAAACAAGGGGAAUCUCUUAUACAGUAUAUGUCCAUCCCUCCAUUUUCUAUAGUGCUUGUCCUCAUUAGGUUGGCGGGUGAGCUGGAGCCUGUACCAGCUGAUUUUUGAGUGAGAGGCAGGGUGCACCCUGGACAGGUCGCCCGCCAAGAACAUAGCACAUAUAGAAAAAUAAUGUUUCACAUUCAUGCAUACAAUAUGGCCAAUUAACCUAAUAUGCAUGUUUUUGGAAUGUGGUAUUAAUCCGGAAUACCCGGAACAUAACUGAGAUUUUAACGCAAAACUGUGAGGCAAAUAUGCUUACCAUGCUAUCCGACAUGUAUCGACUGUAUAUACAGUAAAACACCCAUUUUCAAAUGCUGUUUUGGAAUUAAAUAAAAUGAAAUUAGUGCAAUAUUUGUCACCAACGUUCAUUUAUAUUCAGUCUCUAACAUAGCAAUGUACAGGUUGAUGGAAAUGUCUUGCUUGAAGUCUGGGCUCCCUUACAUAUAAUACAUCAACAAAAGUAUUGGCAAAUCUUGUGACAUUUUUACAUGCUUUAUUUUUCUGUGCUCUUAAUUUUUUGUUUGGUUGUAUGGUA